GAAAUCUCAGAACCGGCCGUGUUUAAUCCAUCACUUUUAAAAGGUCUGUCCAUCUUGAUCAUUUCGAAAAAUACUGCAAAAAUCGGUGACAUAAAAAUUCGUCGAUGGAUAUAAAAUUCGAAUUUAUUGAAUCCAAUUGAAAAUACUGGGAUACAAGAAGGAAAAAGGUUUUCGUGGCGGACGUGAAUGUCAACCGAAUCCUUAACCCAAUUUUCAUAUCAUACGGCAAUAGUAGAUGUUUCCGGUUGUGUCACAUGGCGUGGAAAACGACAAGGAGAAGAGGGAAGAGAAGAAAAAAAGGUGACACAAAUCGGAGCCUAGUCGAGCGAGAAAUGGCUGUGGUGGAGGAUCGAUCGUGAUUCGCAUCCCAAGUUCGCCACAGAUGGCAGUACCUCGUGGAAAAUCUUUCUGUUUCCUGAAAAUACGCGAGUAAAUCAGCAACGCGUCGACAGAGAAGGUACGCGCAACUUUUGCGCGGCAGAAACUAAAAGUGGUAUUCAACUUUAAGUCGAUGAGAUUGUGGAAAGUCAACGUUGCGAGGCCUGCUACCACUUUCUUCUCAGCUACACUCAUCAAUUUACAAUUACAUCAGGAAUUACAAUUAGGAAAUUACAUAAACCCCUGAAAGAUGAAUGUUCUGGAAUUAUAAGAAUUUUAAUCAUCAUCAUCAUAGAUAAAACUGGAGCUGGGGCUGCGGGGUGGGCGAGGAUGGUGAUAAAUCCUCCCCACCCACCGCGGCCCUCCCACCGAGAAGUGUCGGCCAGGAUUGUAGGUGCCACCCCCGAAAGUAAUGCUUCACAGCGGUUCCAGGGGGUAGGUUACCCUGGCACCCAUAGGUGAAAUCGAGGUAGGGUUUUUAAUGGGUACACUAGGUAGAUCUAAGAGUCCCGCACUACCGGGCGACUUUCUCCCAUCGUUAAAAAAAAAAGGUAAAACUGAAGCUACGUUUAUCUUGUCAAGGUUAAAUCCAAUCAGCUACCAUCAACCAACACUCAAUUAUUCUCUACGUUUACCGCCUACGCAACAAUUAACGAAUUCGGAAUUUCUUUCAGAAAUGAUUCUAUAUAAAUGCGCCGCGCCACGUCACGACGGUGGCGCCUCGGCUCAAGACGAGCAGCCAGCGGUCGCAUAGAGGGAGCGAGUUCAGUUCAGGCGCAAGGGUCCUCGGUUAAGGACGUGACGGUCCUGCUAAUCGGGACACUAUGCCAGGCGGCGAGGGGUCCCCGAUCAAUCUCCUCGACCACCGUACAUCGACCACUUCCGGCGAGUGCGCGAACAGUGACGAGGAUGAGAGAACGACAGCCACCGCUUCCAGCACGAUGACAACCGUCUCCGGGGGCGACGGUCUCAGACGGAGGAAGGUCAUACACGCGGCCAAAGAAACCCUCGACAAAGCUUCCCGUCUCCUCAGACGGAAGAUACCAUGCACCGGCCACUUGAUGACCCCCCGCCGCCUAUGGAUACAAAAGGUUCCAACUCAGGAAUGCGACGUGGUGAUGAUGUUUCCAAGCGGAGCCAGCGACGAGACUCUGAUGUGGCUUCUUGGUCGUCUUCGGGCUGGGACACCGGGCCUAGUGGUGCACGUGCGACACCACGCCUCGUCAGAUAGCUACAGCUUCUACUUGACAGCCCCUUUUAGCGUAUUGUUGAAAGCAGCCGAGGAGGUACAUUUACCGAAGACACUGCGACAGGAGUUCGGAGGAGGUCUGAAGGAGUUUGUUGGUACAGAAUCGAGUUGCUUCGAAGGUAGCGACGACGAAGCACGAUUCUUCACUACUCAGGAAAGGCAAUCGUUGGUCCUGCACCUGCUGCAUACUCUCAGAGCUGGACCUCAGGAUCUUCACAGUCUGUCAGGUCUGAAGAUGGUCGAAGGACAGGCAAUUAUUCCAAAGUGCAUUUCCGCCGGGAUCAUAUCCCAGGUCUUCCCUCUUCACGAAUUGCCUGCGUUAGAGAAAUUACAAAGGACUUGGGUCCGCGCGUUCCUCAGCCCCCAACCCCUGGACGACAUUUGUAAAUACUUCGGUGUAAAGAUUACCAUGUAUUUCGCCUGGCUCGGACAUUACACCACCGCUUUAAUCGUUCCAGCAGCAGUGGGUGCCAUAUAUUGGGUCGGCAUCAUCGGCAGGAAUCAAGCGGUGGAAGACGUAGCGUACGUUCUAUUCUCCGUCUUCAACGUAAUCUGGGCCACGGUUUAUCUGGAGACCUGGAAGAGAAGAGGCGCCGAAUUGGCCUACAGGUGGGGCACCUUGGAUCAAAGAGACGACCUACUUGUCGAGCCUAGACCUUUGUUCACGGGUACGUUGGAGAUCUCGCACGUGACAGGGAGACUGGAGCCAACUUAUCCGAGGUGGAAGAGAAACAUGUUUCGGUAUUUCGUCAGCGUUCCCGUCAUCGCUGCCUGUUUAUUCUUCGUUUUCAUCGUGAUGAUUCUCAGCUUUCAAAUACAGGAUUGGUGGGAUGCUCGUCUAGAGUCGAGGGGAUACGGUUUUUGGCUGAGCUACGUGCCAAAAGUUUUACUCGCCGUGGUGAUAGCAUUAAUGGACGAAGCUUACUUCAAAGUCGCCGUAUGGUUAAACGACAUGGAAAACUAUCGGCUAGACACCGAGUACGAGAAUCAUCUGAUCUACAAGGUGGCACUGUUUCAGUUUGUAAACUCCUUCCUAUCGCUAUUUUACAUCGCCUUCUACCUACAAGAUCAAGAGAGGCUGAAAGAGCAAUUGGCCGCUCUGCUGAUAGCCCGUCAGGUGAUCGGUAAUCUGAAAGAAUCCGCGGUACCAUAUCUGAUCGAGCAGCUGAGGUUGGCACGUUUGAGCUUCGAGCUUUUCGGCGCGUUGAGCCCCAGCGAGGCUAGGUCACCCCCGGGUGAGGAGAACGCUGAUGAGAACCAGAAGGAUGCCGAGGACAAAAGCGAACGAUCCGAGAGCGGGAAGAGCACGCAACCGAGAAACGUCAGCCAGGCUGAGCUGGAAAGUUCCCUCUACAGAGUAGGGCAUCCCACUAAUUCUCUACUUAGUGACGUUACGUUCAAGGUAUCGACAAAAAAGUACGAUGGGGCGUUUUCGGAACACCUGGAAAUGCUGUCGCAACUCGGUUACGUCUGCCUCUUCUCGUCGGCUUUCCCUUUGGCUGCUAUGGCAGCACUACUGGGAAAUCUUCUCGAGCUACGAGGCGAUGCCUUCAAGCUUUGUUUCGUGCUACAACGACCCUUUGGUAGAAGGGUUUCCAACAUCGGUACUUGGCAAAACGCCAUGGAAGCAAUGGGGCUCGUCGCUAUCGUAGUAAACUGUGCAUUGAUCGGUCUAAGCGGACAAGUGCAGCGAAUGUUCCCUGAAAUGUCUGCUACCCAAACGAUCCUUCUAAUAGUUGCCCUGGAACACAUUAUGCUCGGAAUAAGGUUUAUUAUAAUAUGCGCGAUUCCUGACAUUCCGCACUGGGUAGCGACGGAAAUGGCCAAAGUUGAAUUCCUGAGAAGGGAGGCCGUUAGAAGGCUCUCCUCCACUCCGUCGCCUGAGCAACAACCGGCCACGGUGAUAGGGAGAUUCGUGGUGAGUCCAGCAGACGGAGAGAGCGAAGAACAACAACUGCUUACCGACCGUACCGGAGAUGCGACCACCUCCAGUCUUCCAGACACACCGACUUUGGCGUCGACCACCCACACGCCGAGCAGCCCUCCGACACCGAGCGCAGCGUCCGUGCCAAGAAUCUCGGAGACACCCUCCGCGGCUCAGACGCCGGGUAGCGCGGGAAGUAGCGACAUCGGGUCACCGUUCUUGACCGAUAACGGCAUGGGCAGCGUGCGGGAUCUUCACAAUUCUCCUAGGUGUUCCAUUCCUGGUGGAGAACGAGGGAGACGUUCGAGAGAAUGGCUAGCAACCGAGCCAGAAGCAUCGGGUGGAUCCGAUCAUUACAGCCAUCAUUUAACGAUCGGACCUCACGGUGGUGUGGAUUGGGUUCGAAGAUUGGGCCUCGAGCCUGGUGCUCGAAAAUCGAGCGAUUCCGAAAUCGGUGGGUCUGGGACGGUCAGUGGAAGCGGAGACGAACUGACUCUUCACAGAUCCACCGAUUGUAUCGUCUCCAAAGAGCUUGCUUCUUCGUCGGACAGCGAUCUACUUCGAUCGGCUCCACCGUGGACGGUAGCUCACAGAAAUCAAAAGUUCCGUUUCUCCCCGGAGCGAGAGAGGGAACGAGAGAGGGCAGAGAAAUUACAGUAUCAACAGCAUCAACGAGAUAUCCAGGAUCACAAACAACAGGCGGCUGAAAAGGAGAAAGAGUCAGGGGCUCUUUCGGAUUCCAGUAAAACGAUUUCUAGCCAAGAAGAAGAGAAACCGACCAAGGAGGAUCGGGAAGCGAAGAAAACCAGGGUGAAACAGAGCUUGAUGAAGAGAGCCAGAUCGGUCGCGAUAUUCUCGUUAAAAUUAAAAGAACGCAGAGCCAGGGAGGCCGAAUUAAAGGCGAAAGAAGCAGAGAAAGAAGCUAGGUGGCAACAGCCUCAAUCGUGCGUCGGUGGCGAGCUCUCUUGCAUUCCCAUAGAAAAGCUUAUAUCCGUGGAUGACAUCGCAGCCAUGGAAUUACGCAGACUUAAUCAUUAGCCGCUUCGAGUCUCACCUUCGUUUUACACGCUACGUAGAAACGUUCGUCCGCGCCAGUGAUACUCUCUAUAAAGAAAAAAGAAAAAUUGCGAUGAUCGGUCUCGAAUUUUGCAAAAACCUUCGAAAAUCAUAUCAAUAACGAACGUAAAAGAUAACAGGGGUUACCGUGGAUAUUGGUCAAUUGCUUUUUUUUUUCUUUAUCGAUCAAGGUAACGCACACGAAUUAUUUUUAAAAGAUCUCUUUUCAUCCGUCUCUAUGAUCGAGACAAUUACUAUUAUAUAUCAAGUGAAAUAUCAAAGUUGGACGAAAACUUGCUCAGUUUAUAAUUUUAUAAGACGACUAUGGUACCACGUUCGAUCACGAGUAACAAAACGUUUCGCUUCCUAAACUUCUUGCAAGACUUGUUUCCAAGUUCGGUCCGUUUAUUGACAAAUUUUCGAGCGAGUAUCCAUUCGCGUACGUAAAGUACGCGUACCGAAAGGCUCACAGGGAUUUUUGAAAACACUUGAAUGAAAGUUGGAAGAGACUACGAUCAUGAGGUUUCAUCUGGGAUUGUGAUUUGAGAAUAAAACUGUCAAAAACAAACAACGGCGCACAAAGUAAAUUGAGUCAUCACAAAUUCUAGACAAUGUUCUAUAGAGUACAGUUUAGAAUAUCAUUCCUAAAGGUGAAAUUUUUCGUAGAUUAGUUGAUACCUCAGAAUUGUAGGCUGUAAGCUCCAGGUUUAAUGCCAACGAUACCGUACGAUCGGUUCUUUUUUACUUUCUUGCGAUGAAUGUGAUUUCUUUCUUUGUUAAAUUAAAAACGAGGUAACUUUAAUGCGCGUCUUCUUAACUUUUUAACGCUUAAAGAUUCUUUUCGUUAUUCUUUGUUAGUUUUCAUUGAUAAGUUCAAGAAAGUCACGUGUAUAGGACGAAUACUGUUACGAUAUUUGUACAGUACUUAUGUGACUGCUAUUUAUAAUUGUCUAACGCGAAACGAGAAGGGAAAUGGUCCCGUUGUUGUUGCUGACAUAUAAGUUGUUAUUUCGCUUAUGGGUUAAAGAAUUUUGCUAAAAGAGAUCUCUAUAAUGAAAUCUUUAACGUACAGAUGCACACAGUUAACAUGCGCCUACAUUAACGAAUUAAUUGAUCGCAGUUUUCGUUCAACGAAGCACCGAAGAUACAAUUUCAUUUUACCGCUCGAUCGGGAUAGGUGAAAUAAAGCAGAAACCGGAACGCUUAGGAAAAAGAAAGUUAGUUCGGUUGAUAAGCGAAAAAAGAAAAAGAAAAUUUUAGGGACCGUUUUUGUAUAUAGCGAACCGUUUACAAAGCCACGCGAUAGUGAAAUUUCGUUCCAUGGCCUAGCUUAACAUCCCCGUCCGUUGCUGAUUAUAGCGAAGUCGUUCACUGACGCACUUUCUUACGUUCGAAGUUUUUAAAGAAAACCACAGCUAGUAUUAUGAUUAGAAGCGUCAACAUUUUUCGAGCACACCGUUGAAGUUAAAUCAGUAUCGCAUUGUACUUUAGCGUGCCCUUCGGGAACCGCAAGACUAGAAAUAAAAACUGCGAAGUCGAUAGAGAUUUAGCCGCUUCCGUGAGGCGAAGUUUUAAAAAAUGUCAGCGAAAAGCAUCUGUGUUUGUUAGAUGUUUUGUAUAAAACAGGAACUGAGCCAAUAAAAACAUUCUACGAAGGAGUAA